AUGUCUGGUGAAAAAAAAAUUUCCAAGCAAAAAGAGGCAACACUUAAGGAUGAGGCCAAAGGCCACAAAAUCUCAUCAAAAGAAAGAAAUGGAAGACAACCACAAGCUAAAAUCGAUGUAUCAACAAACACACCAUGUGAAAUUGAAGAAGAAUCACCUCCAUUCAGCUCGGAAACGUCAACGUUAACCGAUGAUUCGAUAAAGUUCGAAGAAGACAAGGUUUUGAAUGACGCAACCAAACAAGAAACAGAUGAACAUGGAAACAAAUUUGACAAUAAUUCUUCUGCUUUUUAUUCAAGUUUUUUGAAUAAGAAGAGGAAGAAGAAGAGGAAUAGUGUUAAUGUGGAGAAGGAAAGUACUCCGGCGGGCUCGUCGACAUCGUCGGAAAAUUCUUCUUUCAUGAGGAGUAAGAGUUAUUCCAGUGGAGCUUCUCAUAUGUUUCGGAAUUUGAUUACAUGUGGGGCUGUGGACACUAAUGACUCGGCCAUGGUGAUGUUCAACCGCCGAAACAGAGCUUCUUUGAGUAUUCCGACCGGUGAACGGUGUAGUAACUCGUCGGAGAUUGUGAAGAGAGAAACGUUGGGUGGCUCUGAAAGGAUCUUUGGGACUCCAUGGAACCAACAGCAACAUAGUGGCAGGAAAAGCUGUGAUGGAGUGAUGGAUGCAAGGAAGAAUAAGAAGAGUGAAUUCAGCAACGAAAAAACUGCCAACCUUGUGAAAAGGCCAAAUUGCUCGCAGUGUGGGAAGCCAUUCAAGCCAGAGAAACUGCCCACACAUAUGAAGUCCUGCAGGGGAAUGAAAGCCUUAUCCAAGGAUGCAAGACCUGCUACUUCUGCUACCACAGCUGAGAAGACACCACAGACAACAAUGAAUUCUUCUCAUCAGGACUCAGUUUCUGGCCAUUACUUGACCACUAACUGA